ACACACACACACAUUCCUUUCCAGUCACUCUGAGGGGCAGGCACAGAGCAUGCUAGAAGCCUAAAGCAAAGAAUCCUGCACAGUCGCUUGGUCACAGACAGAACUGAGUUAGCAGAACAUGAGAGAGAGAGAGAGAGAGAGUGCACUAGGGGAGGUCUGAUGGCACAGUUCAUACUCUACAUGCUGCAUCUCUUUAUGGACACCUGACUUCAGAACCUCAACCACACAGUGCCUAUGUAACAUCUGUCAGUGUGUACCACGUGCACAAAACCUUUCAAUACACUUCUUUUUUCUUUCUUUCUUUUUUCGAGAGGAUACACUGGAAGAGUACUACAAUUGUGAGGAUACAACCAGACCAGCAAUGUUCUCCACAGGUUCUUUCUCAAGGAGGUCCCAUAUGGACAUUGCAUAUCUUGAACCACUGGACAUGCCAACAGGCUGCUGAUUCAGGAUUUGUUAAAGCAACGAAAUUAGUCCAAAGGAAACCUCUAAAAGAUCUGCUUGACAGCUCUCUAUCCCUGAUCUCUUCCCUGGUGCUGACAUGCCCUGGUGGACACUUGCCUAUCGCUCCCUGUGUUUAGCAGCUCUGCUGGUGGUGGCCAGUUGUAUUGGGAGUGAGCAGAAGAGAGCAGCAGAUGAAGGAAUACGGAGCUCCUCUGGGAGGGCCAGCAGUACUGGCAGCAGUGCAGGAGGUUCCUCUAGCCGCAGAUACCACCGGCUCCAGCAUGGCCAGUGUACCUACACUUUUAUUCUCCCAGAAGGUGAUGGGAAUGCAGGUACAUCCUGCCGCGAGACAAAAGCAGGCGCUCAGUAUAAUGCUAACUCACUUCAGAGAGAUGCUCCCCCACCUGAACCUGACUACUCAAACCAGAAGAUUCAGCAGUUGGAGCACACCAUGGAGAACUACACACAGUGGUUACAGAAGAUUGAGAACUACAUCAAAGAGAGUAUGAAGGCGGAGCUGGCUCAGUUACAGCAAAGUGCCGUCCACAAUCGAACAGCAGCCAUGCUGGAAAUGGGAACCAAUCUUCUCUCCCAGACAGCUGAACAGACCCGCAAGCUGACUGAUGUUGAGACUCAGGUUUUGAAUCAGACAUCCAGGCUGGAGAUUCAGCUGCUGGAGAACUCACUGUCCACGAACAAGCUGGAGAAGCAGCUUAUGGUGCAGACCAAUGAGAUCAGUAAACUCCACGAUAAGAAUGGAUUUCUGGAGUUAAAGAUGCAGGAAAUGGAGGCGAGGCACAGGGAGGAGUUGGAAGUGCUGAGGGAGGAAAAGGGCAAUCUGCAGGCGCUUGUGGUCAGGCAGAGUGGUGUGAUCCUUGAGCUGGAGGCCCAGCUGGGCAAAGCCUCGGGCAACAGCACAGUUCUGCAGAAGCAACAGCAGGACCUGAUGGACACUGUGCACAGCCUUCUUAACCUCUGCUCCAAGGACGGAGUGGUGCCCAACAGCACGAAACAAGCCGACGAAGAGAAGAAAUUCCGGGACUGUGCUGAUCUCUAUGAGGCAGGCUUUCAGAAAAAUGGCGUGUACACCAUCAACAUUAGUCCACAAGAAACUAAAAAGGUAUACUGUAAUAUGGAAUCUGCUGGAGGAGGAUGGACAGUAAUUCAACGCCGAGAGGAUGGAAGUGUGGACUUUCAGAGGACAUGGAAAGAGUACAAGAUGGGCUUUGGGAGUGUGUCAGCUGAGCAUUGGCUGGGGAACGAGUUCGUGUACAUGCUGACCAGUCAAAGACAGUAUGCACUCCGGGUGGAGCUCACUGACUGGGAUGGACAUCAGGCCUUCUCCCAGUAUGACCGCUUUCACAUUGGCAGUGAGAAAAACAAGUACAGAUUGUCCUUAAAGAGCCACAGUGGCACAGCAGGCAGGCAGAGCAGUCUGGUGAUCCAUGGGGCAGACUUCAGCACUAAGGACAUGGACAAUGACAAUUGUUUGUGCAAGUGCGCCUUGAUGUUAACCGGAGGCUGGUGGUUUGAUGCCUGUGGCCCAUCAAACCUGAACGGGAUGUACUACAUCCAGGGACAACAUGUUGGCAAACUCAAUGGCAUCAAGUGGCAUUAUUUCAAAGGGCCAAGUUACUCUCUCCAUGCAACUGCCAUGAUGAUCCGACCUUUGGACUUUUCGUAGACCUUCUCACAAACCCACUGUGUAGGUGGAAACAUUUUUGGAGGUGGUGAUUCAUUAUACCAGGACACAUUAGAAGUGGCUUGGUACACUAUAUGUUCUAUAUGAUACGUAUUGUGUGACAUUCACUUGCAGUAAUCCACCUUUUAUGGAAAAUGGGCUUCAGAGAAAAGAGGAGAUUCAGCUUUAUGAUUAUCACAGGAGAUGAUUAACUCUGGGGAUUUUCUUGGACUGCUUUUAUUUUUGUAUAUCAGAGAUAUGAACUCGAGUGCCGUUGCUGGGUCACUGUCAGCUGCUGAGGCAGGCAAGUCACCUUUGAUAGGAGCAGACUGGGCGAUACUGCACAUAUAAUAAGCCUGCGGCUCAUUUGGUAGCUCAACAAACAUGCAGCAGCUGGAAACAUUUCUGAAAACCAAAAGUGAGCCACUGUCUUGGACUUUUUUAACAAGCAGUGUUGUUGCACAGUUACCACUGAGACACAUACAAAUGUUUUAUUAUAUGUUUUGUACCUACACACAAUUUUUGUACAUGAUUCUUGACAAAAUAGAGAAGAAAGCCUUGUAUACAGCUUACAAACUUCAAACAAUAAUGUGAAAGAAGGUUUUGAUAUUAAAUCGAAAAAAUAGGGUCUGACUGAUGCCAGAUUGUGUUUUUUUAGAGUUUUUUUUGUUUUGUUUUUUGUUUUUUAUUAGAAGCAGUCACAGACAGAAUACAGGCCAGGGUUCACAUGUACGAUACAGACUUAUAUGCGAGUUAGAAUUCAGUUUGAUGUAAGAAUGUAUUAAAAAGGUGCCUCUGCUGUAAAAUACACCUUGCUCAAUUACUCAUUAAAGCCAUUGUGAAUUAAAAUUCAGAUGUGUUAGAAAAGGAAAACCAAAAUUCUUGAAGUGCAGGCACUGACCAAGCCCAGGAGAGGUGAAACAUCACUUUGAGCUUGAGCAUCACAGUAUAAAAUUACUGCCUGCCCUUUUAUUACUAAGAAUAGCAAAGAUUAAUUAUGUUUUCAAUUAUUUUUACAUACAGACAGCAAUUUAUUAAUAUGUUAUAUGCAUUAAAUCGUUCAUAUACUGUACAUAAUGAGCUUUAUUGUGGCGACACUGCAAAUGUACCACUUUAAUGUGCAAAAAAAUGUGUUUUUAUGCCUUUACUGUCUAUUUGGAGUACAUGGCAGAUGGAUUGUAUUUUUAUGUUGAGAAUCAUCAUGCACACACAAUAACUUAAAACUCAUCUAAAGCACCCACAGUGUCCUUUGCAGAAUAUUAGUGAAGAAUACAGAUUGCUUUUUUCUAUGAAAUUGCAAAAGUGGAAGUGGCUCAUUUUAGUGCAGGGUACUUUAGAACAAGCCGCAUAGAAAAACUGCAGACAUUUAUCUGUUUUGUGUUACUAAAAAAAUAUCAGGUAAUUUUAUAGAUAAGCCAUACAGCAUCUGGAGCAUAUUAAAUACUAGCAUGCCAUUUAUUAACAUACUUAAAAUAUUUUAAAAUAAUGUGUGUUUCCUUGCUGUCCUGAGGAAAGAGGGGUUUUUAUAUUGUGUCAGAGCAAUGGGAUCUGCUCUAAACAGAAUUACACCAGAAAUAAUAAUUCUAGUCCGGGCUGCCUUCAAAACUUUACAGUUUACCUCAUAAAAUUGUACAAUCCUUUGUAACAUUCAGCAUUUUGUGAUGUUUAAAUAAAAGAAUGCAUGUGAUGCACUAAAAUCUUACAUUCUGGCUUAGACAGCACAAUCUUAGGUCAUGUAUGCUUUUUCUUUUUUUUUUACCUACAGACUUCUGCUUCUGCUAAGAUCCAUAAAAUGCAUUCCCUGCUCUUGUCACAUUGUAUUUCAGACAUUGUAUUUACACCCAGACAAAGAGGAAGAAUUGUGAGAACACAAGCAUAUGGUGUUGAGAAGAAAGCCUGAAGCCCGCCAAGCUGCUAUUGUCUGUUCAAGCAGCGCUGCUGCUGUGACAGAUUGCUGAGGUGUCAAGCAAUGCUGUCAGGAUGGUCAAGUUACUCCACAGCCAACAUUCUUCCACCCUAAUAGGAGGGUUAAGCAAACGCCUCUGCUUGCAAACUCUUGCCUAUCCCUCAGCACCUGCACUGACCCAGUAGCCCCUCUGGAACGCUGCCACCAUCUAAUGGGCCCAGUCACACAAUGAACGAGUGGCAGGCCAUAUAUUUUGCUGAAGCCCACACAAAAAAACACAGUUAAGCAGUAGUCCAUUCCAGUUGCUUUGACUUAUUGCUGAUAAACAUAAACAUCUGGACAAACGAAAAUCAUUAUAGACUAAGCCAAAGAGCAACAUCAUAAACUCUCAAACAGAAGAAUGAUAUACUGAGGCAGCUACAGUGCAAAACCUGAGUGCUUUGUAAUGUUAAAGUGUACGUUCACAAAUUCAAUCAAUGAUACACUGAUGUUGGUCAGAGUCUGAAUUAAACCAUAAUAUAGAGCAGGUGUGUCAAACUUAAGUUGUAUAUUUAUCUACUCUAUAUAUUAAGCCGUAACAUUGUCUUUAAAAAUAGAAUAGGAUGAAUGCAGGAGUGGCAAAAUAAAACAAUUCAACUAUA